CAAAAUUGCAUUCAAGUUUCAGCAGUAGAUUUCGUUAUCUUCUUCAUUAUUAACUGAAUCCAAAAUGAAAAAGUGAUAUGGGUUCCUUCUUCAAGUAACUGAAAAAAAUUCUUCAGUGGGUACAAAAAAAAAUUAAAUGACACAGAGAGUCUUAAUGGACAUCUCACUGCUAAAAGGAUACCAGUACACACAAAAUCUUCCAUAAUAAGAACUCUUCUUGCACUCAUCAUUCGUUCAUACAAGAACAAGAUCUAGAGAGAGAUAUAUAUAUAUCGUCGCAGAGAUGAGAUUAACGAAGGGAAACGAGAACUGCAAUGAGGAUGUGAUUCUGAAAGUAGAAAUUCUGUUGAGAAUAGUGAGUAUAGUGGCGUUAGUUAUAACUUCUUGUCUUGUUGCGUUAGACACUGAGACUGAACUGGUUUUUGGUGUUCUUCAUCGGAAAGCUACUGUCAAAGAUCUCGAUGUUCUCGGGAUUUUGGUGAUAGUGGAAGCAGUUGCUGCUGGUUAUAAUUUCAUUCAGUUACUUAGAUGUUUCUUCAUAACAACUUCCUUCAAGACUAGUCCAAAACUCGCCUGGUUGUGUUUCUUGUUGGAUCAGAUAGCAGCGUAUGUUAGCUUUGCAACAAAUUCGGCGGCAGCUCAAGCUUCUCUAUUAGCCAUAACAGGUGCAAACGUUUUCCAGUGGCUGAAACUUUGCAACAUAUACACAAGAUUUUGUUUCCAGAUUGGUGGUUCUCUUUUUUGUGGCUUUCUUGCAUCUUUGUUGAUGGCUGGAAUCUCCUCCAUCUCAGCUUUCAACCUUUUUAGGCAUUAUUCCUCAAAGGAUCACUUCCUUGUCUUCCUACCUCGACGAAAGUGAUAAUGCCAUUAGAGGGUGUUUUUAGUGUGGCGCAAGUCAGGCACGGCCAAGCAUAGCUCUAUGAUGUUGCAAUAUUUAUUGAAGUAAAAUCUUACAUUGUUGUCCCCAAAUUAUUUGUUUCCAAAUGAUUUGAUUUUAAGUUCCAUCAAGGACAUAUGUGCAAAAACACUGGCAAAUUAGUGAUAAAAUGAAGAAAAAAAAUACAUGUUAUGCUUUC